UCAAAAUACUUUUGCAUUUGCUUAGCUAAAAAGUACUUUUUUUCCCCUCUCUCUCUUUAGCCUGUGGCCACAGCUGGUGAUCAGACACAUAAGAUGUCUACAGAGCGCUGUGUUCAACUCACCCUGGUAGGUCUGGCCAACCAUGUGAAAGAGAUGUGGAUCGCCGAGCAGCCCUUUCUACUCUUCUGCUAUUUGUGGCAGUACAGUCCCACUCUGGCCUGGUACUUGACUAACAUUCUGGGUAAAAAACGUGUGCAGAACUUCAAAGCUGGACUGGAUGCAGACUCUGCAUAUUUCAGCAAGCCUAAGGUCAAGACAACUUGAAAAUCUAAUUUCAGGAAACACUGAUUUGUGAAUUCCUUACCAGAAGGACCCAGGAAAGUCACCCAGACAUUUCACUGUCAUUAAAUAAAUAUGAAAACACCUUAUAUUUUGCUUGCUGUAUCAAUAGCAAGAAGACAAAUGGUACAUUCUUAAAAAUGCAUGGGCAGAUGAUUUGUUUUCUUUGUGUUUUCUGUAUUAAAAUGUUGUACAUCAGUUAUAAAUAGAAUGUAAUAUUCUAACAUUUUAAGUUUGUGUG